CUAACACAACACCUCCUCACCAUGGAUGACUCAACCAAACAGCUUCGCGAACGCAUUCUUCGCCAAAUCCGAGUGGUUCUUUCUCAACUUCCGCCCGAUGUCGGCUCAGGCACGAUACGAAUACUUGGUGAUACACCAAAUAGUAUUCUUGAUCCUGAGGAUUUUCUAGGAUCCAUACGUCCAUUUGUUACAGAGACUGAAGAGUCCCUCCGAAAAUUUCACCCGGGCAAUGAGACUCGUUUUGUUGCCGCCAAAAUUUGCCGUGGGAAGCACUCUUACUUUAUCCUCGACCUCAACAAUAGCAAUUAUAACUAUGAAACUGCACAUGAAUGCAAAACUUUGAUUCCCGUCUAUGUUCUUCGCCUAUCGAAAAGGCAACCCACGAUUUUUCGCAAACGGGAGCUGGAUGAAUCGAUCGCUAAGAUACUUAGGAAUAUGCACAAUCUCCAUGGUCAGGCCCCUCUACCUCUAUUUGACAACCAUUAUGACCCGUAUCUUCAAUACCCCAACCCGCGCAGCCCGCAUUAUGAGGUUUGACUUGAUUUUUCUGCGUCUUUCUUUUGGAAAUAAAAUUGUUUCAUGUGGACAGAAAACGUCACUUGUCAUUACCGAGACUUUCUCUUGAUGUAGGUGGAGAUCUUGAGCAUAUCUGUACUGGAUGUUUGUAACGCCACUUCUGUUCAAUUCUUCUUUCAUGUCUCUCAUGUCGGAUUACGUGGCUAUGAUCAUGUCUAGACAAAAAACUGCAAAGGGCAAAGAAAGCGAUCUGUGGAGAAGCGAUGAAGUGAGAGCUCAUAUUCAACAAAACAUAACGAUUCUGGCGGACGUGUAUAGAUUCUGCCGCCAGAUAUUGACAGUGAGGAAGUCUUC